GGACCCUUAAUUUUGUCCGUGGCAGAUUAGUUAGGCGAUUAGCAACUAAUUUGAUUGCAUUAACGAGUUCUGUGAUAAUAGGAAUGGUGUGCCGGUAAAGCUCCACAUCACUUCCACAGACCCAAGUUCAGUAAACCCAUUCCAGUCCAUCUGCGAUAGAUCGAGAAUGAAGCUGUUAUCGUUCACCUCGCUGUUUGGGCUUGUCUUUCUGUGCUAUGUUUUACAUUCCACGUACACACUGUACAUUUUGUUCCGGGCUCCGCAAUGCACCGACACGCCCUGCUAUCGGUCCCAGCUGACCAAGGGAAAGUUUCUGCAGCUUUCGCUGUACACCUCUCCACUGGGCAAUCCUCCGAACGGAGCAAAGGUGACCAAGCUGGGAACCGUCAAUCCAUUCGAUCCGUUCCUAGAUCUAGAUAGAACGUACACCAUAACCCUGCCGAAAGAAACACGCUCCAAUGGUACGCUGUACAUGUUCGCAGUGCUCACCAAAGGGGCCAAAUCACUCGAAUGGGACGCUGUGCGAAGCCAAAGCACUUCGGUAAUCAAAAAGCUACCCCUCACGCACUACAUGGUGCCGAAAACGGCCACAAUUAAUCUGUUGAACGAUAAGACCACCUUGAAAAAGCCUCACAAAUCACUGAACCAGAAACGUGUCGCGCAUAUACGACAAAAUGUGUUCCUCCAUAUAAUAACGGAGGAAUUUUCCGUGUCACCGCGUGACGUACCGGCCGAGCUAGCGCGAGACAUUCGCAUCACGCCGGACAAUCUGGUUAUGCCAAUCAUUCGGAAUGAUUUUUCGAAGGAAAAGCUGGCCGAUUUGGUCGAAAUCGACCCGAAGACGCUGGAGGCUACCGUGACGAUCCACUACGCACCAAGCUCGGUCGGAAAGAUCAAAAUGUUGGCCCAGAUCGAACGGGCCAUGGCAGACCUUACCAAGUUGGGCUUCAGCGAGAAGGACAUCGAUGAGGUAAAAUCAAUCUUUUCGGACACCAACGUUUACCUUCUGUGUGGAACGAUAAUAAUCAGCAGUGUGCAUCUGCUGAUCGACUUCCUAUCCUUCAAGAACGAUAUUCUUUUCUGGAAACGUAAGCGACACUACGCCGGUUUAUCGCUGCGAAGCACACUGUGGCGUACAUUCAGCCACAUCAUUAUCUUCCUCUAUCUGAUGGACGAAGAAACGUCGCUGCUCAUCCUGAUACCAACCGGCAUCGGAACGCUGAUCGAGAUGUGGAAGGCGAAGAAAAUCCUCAAGCUCGAUGUGAGCAUCCGCGGAGGAAUUCGAUUCCGAUCAAACGAAGCAGGCAACGAGUCGAUCCAUACGCAGGAACAGAACACGCUGCAACUUGACAAGCAGGCCAUGCAGUAUCUAUGUUACGUCCUCUACCCGCUGUGCAUCGGUGGUGCCUUUUAUUCGUUGCUCUAUUUGCCCCACAAGAGUUGGUACUCGUGGACGAUAAGCUCGAUGGCGAACGGUGUGUACGCGUUCGGGUUUCUGUUUAUGCUGCCCCAACUAUUCAUCAACUACAAGCUCAAAUCGGUCGCCGCCCUUCCGUGGCGCGUUUUCAUGUACAAGGCGUUCAACACGUUCAUCGACGACGUGUUCGCUUUCAUCAUUACGAUGCCAACGGCCCACCGGUUUGCCUGCUUCCGGGACGAUAUUGUGUUUCUGGUGUAUCUCUACCAACGAUGGUUGUACCCCGUUGAUAAGAGCCGUAUCGAUGAGGACGAGCGUGCGCUGCUAGGCAAGGAGGACGAUUCGGCAGAACGGAAAGUCGACGAAAAGGAUACUAAGAAGGACAAAUAAGUAUUAAUUGUUUGGCACAUAUUUCGUCCAUUUAACACCACAAUGAUCGACGGUGAUGAGGAGGAAAAACACUUCUAAAUAUCGAAAAACAACCAUAUUUGCUAUGCUUUUCUAUAGCCCUAUAAAGUGAACAGAUUUCGAUUGGACAAACAAAACAUUUUUAUAUCGAAACCAAAUUAAAAAUAUGGUAAAUAACGGUAUAUUCAAAUUAAAAUUCCAUUUCUGCGCAAAGCCUACCUAGGUUAUCAAAGACUGUGUUUAGCAUUUGUUGAGUCGCGGAAUGUGUUUAGUGCAAUGUCGAUGAAGAUAAUCAUUAUAAUAGGCAAUCGAUAAAAGAACGAAAAACAGUAUAAACGAUAUUAUAUACCAGUGUUCAGUACAAGCAUCAUUU